GGAAUAAGUUCGUGGGGAAGGGAAGCAGCCACAAUGGUUGUGCUGAUGAAGUUGGGUUGGUCUUCUUGUUUCACUUGGAGCUCGGUGCUCCGUUUGGUGUUGUUAUUGGUGGUUUCGUGCAAAGCCAAGGGUGCGGUGAAAUUGCCACCCAAUGUCUCAGUUCCAGCAAUCUUUGCAUUUGGAGAUUCCAUCAUGGACACCGGCAACAACAACCACCUCAAAACAGUAGUUAAGUGCAACUUCCCUCCUUAUGGUCAGGAUUUUGAGGGAGGCAUACCAACUGGCAGGUUUUCCAACGGGAAGGUUCCUUCAGACAUCAUAGUUGAGGAGUUGGGUAUUAAGGAGUUCUUGCCUGCUUAUUUGGACCCAAAUCUGAAACCUAGUGAUCUUCCUACCGGCGUCUGCUUUGCUUCCGGUGCCUCGGGUUAUGAUCCUUUGACCCCCAAAAUUGUGUCAGUGAUACCGCUAUCGACCCAAGUAGAGAUGUUCAAAGAAUACAGAAGGAAGCUGAAAGAGAAUGUAGGAGAGGAGAGAACAAACUUCAUCCUAGCCAACGCCGUUGCUCUUGUGGUUUCUGGCAGCGAUGACAUUGCCAACACAUAUUUUACCGCUCGCUUUAGACAGCUCCAGUACGACGUUCCUGCUUACACUGAUCUUAUGGCCAAUUCAGCCUCUGAUUUUAUCAAGGAAAUAUAUGAACUAGGGCUGCGGAGGAUUGGGGUGUUCGGUGCCCCGCCGAUCGGGUGUGUGCCAUCACAGAGAACUCUCGGAGGGGGAAUAUUAAGAGAGUGCGCGGGAAAGCAAAACGAAGCAGCAAGGUUAUUUAACUCGAAGCUAUCAGAGAAGCUGGAUUCCCUGAACAGGGAUUUACCAAACAGCAGCAUUGUGUAUAUUGAUGUUUACAGCCCUUUGCAGGAUAUCAUUCAAAACUACAGAAGAUACGGGUUCCAGGUGGUGAACAGAGGAUGCUGCGGAACAGGGAAAAUAGAGGUGGCGGUGUUGUGCAACCCUUUGGAGCCGACUUGUGCAGAUGUUUCCAAUUAUGUGUUUUGGGACAGUUAUCAUCCCACUGAAGCUGCCUAUAAAAAGCUCAUUGGUCCUCUUCUUCAAACUUAUGUUCCCAAAUUCUUCUGAGCCAGCCCCUGCGCCCAUCCCCCAUUUUAAUUUUACUCUUAUCUUCCUCUGCUCGUUUUCUUUUUCUUUCUAGCAGCUUCUUAAUUUCCAUAGUAAGUGCAGUUCGUGAUUAAUCAAGCACCAUGUGUAUGUUCAAUUAAUACACGGGACGGGGACGGGCAUCCUUGUCAUAAUUACCUCUCUUUUCAUUCA